GUGUAUAAAUAAAGCAACACUGAAGGAAACUCGCUUCUAUUUUGCAGAUUGUAGAAACAGUGAUGUGGGAAAAUAUAUUCCAGCAUGUUCGGCUGGAAAGUUUGAUUAUAAUGUAGAUAGGGCAAAGAAAAUUAUAUCUGUGAAUGUAUCCAACUCUCUUCGAGAUCAAGAUUAUUAUGUUCGCCUGUGCCACAAAUGGUUUACCUGUGAAGAUGUAGGAGCAUUUGCUGUGAUAAAAGGAAAGGAAUCUUUCAAAUCAGUUUCACUAAAGUAUUCUCAGCCCCUCCCUUGUCUUUGCAUUGAGGGUUGGCUGGCAAUUCCAGAUGCAAGGAGGAUACAACUUUGCCCCUUUGAAAAUGAUACAAAGGUGCUGUGGGAUAAUAUUGUUUACAGCCCAGCGACACAAACCAUAGCUUGGGAGCCAGCCUGUCCUGUGCUUGUCAUGGUUAACCUAUGCAGGUUAAUGAAGUCUAACGACCACUGUGAAGAUAUACCGAACUCUUCAAAAAAUUCUCCUGAGAAAGUUAAAUAUUCUCGUGUGGACACCCACCCAAGACUUUGCAUGAAGUUUACAACCAAGCAAGGCUCUUGGGUUAAAUGUCCAUUUGCUCAUGGAGAAUUUCCAGCUUGGAAAAUGAGAACUGCUGCAGCUGCAGAACGAAUACAAGUUUUCUUCACAUCCCAAACCAAGGCACAGUUUUCAGUGCUUGUUUGUAACAGGACGCAGCUGGCCUCAUGUGAAUCUGUUGGGAUACACCAUUCAGUAUCUCUGGGAGAUUCUGUAUCAAUCACUAUGUCACAGGAAAUGUGUGAGUCAACAAUUUGCAUUCAGGGCUGGAGGACAGAUGUAGAUUAUUCAGUUCCACUGCAGAUCUGUGAUAUCCACUGUGGUUUUCGUGGUCAGACAUACAGUGAUGGAAACCCAGCAAAGGCCAUGACACACAGAGUGAAGAGUGUCCAUUCCUUGCAUUGA